UCCAUCUCUAUCUGUUUUAUAUUUUAUUUCACACUGCACUUGCCUUUCCCAGAUCUUUCACUUCCUCAUAUUCUUCUAAAUCAGUAAAUCUUCAAACCCAUUUUCUUCACUUAGGCAGGCAAAGCAACAAUGGCAGAUUGGGGGCCUGUUUUAAUAGCGGUGGUGCUGUUUGUGCUGUUGAGUCCUGGGCUUUUGUUUCAGAUUCCUGGGAGUAGCAAAAACAGAGUUAUUGAGUUUGGCAACAUGCAUACCAGUGGUGCAUCUAUUCUUGUUCACACAAUUAUCUACUUUGGCUUAAUUACUAUAUUCCUUAUAGUCAUUAAUGUUCACGUUUAUACUGACUAGCUCCUGCUCUUUGUGUUGUACUUUGACAAUUUAUUGGUUUUAAUUACUUUUCCUAGUUUAUGCUUCUGUUGUUGUUUCUUUGAUUUUUGAUAA